AUGUUUUUCUCAACCUUAUCUACAUUAGACAGUGAACCUGUUCAGUGGAAGCAAUGCAAAACCUUUGGAGGAUCCAUGGAUCAAGUUCUAGAUGCUCAAUUUGGGAACUCCCAUUCAAGUUUGAAAUUGACAGUUGCUUAUUCAAAUGGCAUUGUAAAAGUCUAUGAGAUUUUAGAUCCAAUGGACUUGAAGAACUGGCAACUUCAGGCUGAAUUACAGAAUGUUACAGAUUCAGUAACGAAAUUCGGAAAAGCAUCAUGUUUGUCUGCAUCUAUUUCAUGGAACCCACAAAGAAGCGACACAUUUCCUGCAAGUUUUCUAUUGGGUCUCAAUUCAGAUACCCCACAACUAAAUUCACCCAAAGUAUGGGAGUUUGACCAAGAUCAUCAAAGAUGGCUUCCAGUUGCUGAAUUAGCAGACCAUGAUGAUAAAGGUGAUCAAGUAUAUGCUGUGGCAUGGGCUCCCAACAUUGGAAGACCAUAUGAGUUGAUGUCUGUUGCAACUUUAAAGAGCAUUUCAAUAUGGCAAAUGGCUUCAGACCCUGAUAUUGAUGGAAGGCUUUCAGUUGAAAAGGUUGCCACAUUCCCUUGCCAUAACAAUCAGGUGUGGCAAAUGGAAUGGGACAUGAGUGGAAUGACACUGGCAACCACCGGGAGUGAUGGGAGAGUGAAAUUAUGGCAAUCAAAUCUUAAUGGAGUUUGGCAUGAACAAGCAAUCAUCGAACCUACCACAUGA